AUGGAGGGUGAGCAAGUAUUGCUCAAAGUUUCACCCAUGAAGGGUGUUAUGCAUUUUGGGAAACGAGGGAAGCUCGUUCCUAGAUAUAUUAGGCUAUUUGAGAUUCUUCAUCAUGUGGGGCCGGUGGCCUAUAGAUUGGCUUUGCCUCUGAGUUUGUCGGGAGUUCACCCUGUGUUUCAUGUAUAUAUGCUAAAGAAGUUUCAUGAUGAUGGUAACUACUUAAUUCAUAGGGAUUCGAUCUUGUUAGAUGAAAACCUCUCUUAUGAAGAGGAACUUGUUCCUAUUCUUGAUAGAGACAUCCAUAAGUUGAGGACUAAGGAGAUUGUCUCUGUGAAGGUCCAAUGGAAGAAUUGA